AUGAGACCAACCCUUCUCCGACCCCUCCUACCCCGCCAUACCUCUUCCUGCUUCUCUGCCCCGAGAUCUUUCUCUCUUCCUCAACUUGCAAACUCCUCCACCAUCAUAAACGCUACUCGAUUCUUCACAGCAUCCGCAAUCAUGGGUAACAGCAAGGUCUACUUCGACGUCACCUGGGAGGGCCCCGUCAUGCAGAACGGCAAGCCUACCUCCACCAUCAAGAGCCAGUCCGGUCGCAUCAACUUCAACCUCUACAACGAUGUUGUCCCCAAGACCGCCGAGAACUUCCGCGCUCUCUGCACCGGCGAGAAGGGCUUCGGCUAUGCUGGAUCUGCCUUCCACCGCAUCAUCCCCGAGUUCAUGCUCCAGGGUGGUGACUUCACCCGUGGCAACGGCACUGGUGGCAAGUCCAUCUACGGCGAGAAGUUCGCCGAUGAGAACUUCCAGCUGAAGCACGACCGACCUGGUCUGCUGUCCAUGGCCAACGCUGGCCCCAACACCAACGGCUCGCAGUUCUUCGUCACCACCGUUGUUACCUCGUGGCUCAACGGCCGCCACGUCGUCUUCGGCGAGGUCGCUGACCAGGACUCCCUCGACAUUGUCAAGGCUCUUGAGGCUACCGGUUCCGGAAGCGGUGCCGUCAACUACAAGGAGAAGCCCACCAUUGUCGCCUCUGGUGAGCUGUAA